UUACAGAUCUGACGACACGUUGGGGUGAUAAGCAUGGCGGACAGUGAGGAGGAAAGCGUGAAGCUGAACAAGGAUGAAACAGUCGAAGGUUCGGGUAGUGAUGAUGAUAACAGUCCUCUUAACGGCUGCGAUGAAGAUGAAGCAGUGAAGACGUUUAAAGAUUUGGGUGUUACUGAGGUGCUGUGUGAAGCGUGCGAUCAGCUGGGAUGGAAGAGUCCCACAAAGAUUCAGGUAGAAGCGAUACCUGUAGCUCUGCAAGGAAAAGAUGUUAUCGGCCUCGCAGAGACGGGCUCGGGAAAGACGGGUGCGUUUGCUUUGCCCAUCCUUCAGUCCCUGCUGUCCUCCCCCCAGAGGCUCCACACCCUCGUCCUCACCCCGACCAGGGAGCUGGCCUUUCAGAUCUCAGAGCAGUUUGAGGCCCUGGGCUCUAGUAUCGGUGUGAAAUGUGCCGUCGUUGUCGGAGGAAUCGAUAUGAUGUCCCAGUCCUUGGUGUUAGCUAAAAAACCUCACAUUGUUAUCGCCACGCCGGGUCGAUUGAUCGACCACAUGGAGAACACAAAAGGCUUCUCUCUACGAGCUCUGAAGUUCCUGGUGAUGGACGAAGCAGACAGAAUCCUCAACAUGGACUUUGAGACCGAGGUGGAUAAGAUCUUGAAGGUGAUCCCCAGAGACAGACGGACCUUCUUGUUCUCUGCCACCAUGACCAAAAAGGUCCAGAAACUCCAGAGAGCCGCUCUGAAAGACCCCGUGAAGUGUGCGGUCUCCACUAAAUACUCGACGGUGGACAAACUGCAGCAGUACUACGUCUUCAUUCCCUCCAAGUACAAGGACUGCUACCUCGUGUCCAUCCUGAACGAACUCGCCGGCAACUCGUUUAUAAUUUUCUGCAGCACGUGUAACAAUGCCCAGCGGGUGGCGCUGUUGUUGAGGAACCUUGGCAUCACUGCGAUCCCGCUGCACGGACAGAUGAGUCAGAAUAAACGACUCGGAUCGCUGAACAAGUUCAAGUCCAAGUCUCGAUCGGUGCUGCUGGCGACAGACGUGGCGUCCAGAGGACUCGACAUCCCUCAUGUGGACUGUGUCAUCAACUAUGACAUCCCCACUCACUCCAAGGACUACAUCCAUCGAGUGGGACGAACAGCUCGAGCGGGACGCUCUGGGAAAUCCAUCACUUUCGUCACGCAAUACGAUGUGGAGCUUUUCCAGCGAAUCGAGAGCCUGAUCGGGAAGAAACUUCCGGCCUUUCCGACUCAGGAGGACGAGGUGAUGAUGCUGGUGGAGAGGGUGAGCGAGGCCCAGAGGUUCGCCCGACUGGAAAUGAAGGAGCAACAUGAGAAAAGGAAAAGGCCCAAAGGAGGAGAUCGAGACGAGGACGACACGGAGCAAGCGAGUGGAGUGAGGAAAAAAGUGAGAGGAGGAGGAGGCGGAGGAGGAGGCGGCGGAGGAAGAGGAGGAGGCGGCGGGAUGAAAAACAAAGGUGGAGCAGCCUGGAGGGGAGGGCGCUGAAGCCCCCCCUGACAUGAACAGACUGUACAUAACAACGUACCAUGCCAUUAUUGUUUUCUUAUUAAAAAGGAUUAUGACGAUGUACAA